UUGAGGUUAUGUGGUACCAAAAUGUCAGAUUUAUUUGUAUAAAAAUGUAUUCAAAUUUCAUUAUCUACGUUUAUUAACAGUUGUAGACAAAGGCAUAAAAAAAAGCAAAAUGAACGUAAUAGCAGCGGUGAAAGCCUACGUCGUGAAAAUGACGGAAGAAAGCGAGCCAGGAAUGAAAGUUUUACUGAUGGAUAAGGAAACAACAAGCGUUAUUAGUAUGGUGUAUGGCCAGUCUGAAAUCCAACAGAAGGAAGUUUUUCUGCUGGAGAGGAUAGAUUCUCCCAAUUACGCGAACUCUACCGGAUUGAGAUAUCUCAAGUGUUUGGUAUUCCUAAGACCAACACAGCAAAAUGUGGAAUCGCUAUGCAUGGAACUCCGCAAUCCCAAGUAUGGGGCUUACUACGUUUACUUCAGCAACAUAAUAGCCAAAGCGGAUAUAAAAGUACUAGCCGAGCAUGACGAACAUGAAGUUGUAAAGGAAGUGCAAGAAUUGUAUAUGGAUUACCUAGCUGUAAAUCCACAUUUAUUUUCAAUGGGCCUACCCACUUGUAUGAACUCUUUAAGCUGGCAGCAAGGAGCUCUGCAAAGGACGGUACAAGGUAUAAUUUCAGUCCUAUUGUCCUUGAAGAAAUGCCCUGCGAUCCGAUUCCAAGCUAACUCAAGUCUGUGUAAGGAUUUGGGAACGAGAAUCGAUGAAAUAAUGAGUAAAGAAUCUUCUCUUUUCGCCUACGGACAAAACAGUCAACCUUUGCUGUUAAUAAUAGAUCGUAGAGACGAUCCUAUUACACCUCUCUUAAAUCAGUGGACUUACCAAGCUAUGGUGCACGAGCUGUUAACGAUUAACAAUAACAGAGUAAACUUGUCCAACGUGCCAGGAGUCUCACCGGAACUGUCGGAAGUGGUAUUAUCAGCCGAACAGGAUACGUUUUAUGCCAAAAACAUUUUUAUGAACUAUGGCGAAAUAGGCACAAAUAUAAAACAACUCAUGGACCAGUUUCAAGUGAAAGCCAAGAGUCAUCAGAAGAUUGAAAGUAUCGCCGAUAUGAAGAGCUUCGUAGAGACUUAUCCGCAGUUUAAAAAGCUCUCUGGGAAUGUUACCAAGCAUGUGACUGUUGUCGGAGAACUCAGUGCAAUGGUUAAUAAGUACUAUUUGUUGGAUGUGUCUGAAAUAGAGCAAGAGAUUUCCUCGCAAAACGACCAUUCCUCACAUUUGCAAAGCAUCAAAAAGCUAUUAAACAACGAGAAAGUAAGAAGCACUGACGCAGUGAAACUGGUGAUGUUGUAUGCUCUGAGAUACCAAAACCAUAGUAAUAACGACCUCAACGGGCUUAUAGAAACAUUGAAAAAGAAAGGGGUCUCGGAACGAUUACUUAGGAAUAUAGUUAAUAUACUAGAAUACGCUGGCUCUCAUGCACGACAAAGCGACCUGUUUAAUGUGGAAAAUGCUGUUAAAAUCACGAAGAGGUUCAUCAAAGGCUUGAGUGGGGUAGAUAAUGUUUACACGCAACACAAACCCCUGUUACACGAAACCUUAGAAGACUUGGUUAAGGGGCGGCUGAAAGACCAUUUGUACCCUUUUAUUGGAAAUCAUUUCACUAACGUCAGACCACAGGACAUUAUAAUUUUCAUCGUUGGUGGUGCUACCUAUGAAGAAUCCUUAACUGUGCACACUUUUAAUAAAAAUUAUCCAACGUUUAAUAUUUUGCUAGGAGGGACGACCGUUCAUAAUUCUGCAAGUUUUCUCGAGGAGGUGGAGCAAGCAACUAAGAAUAUAACCAGGAGGCACACCAGAAACAUCCGUAAUAUAAGAUUCGAUUAAACAUUCCUUGAACAUGUAAUUCAACCAUAAGUUAUAUCUAUUUAUAUUUAUUUUUUAUCAAAUUAAUAUAUUUUAUGUUAAGCUUC